ACUUGGUCGAGGCAGGUUUGGAGUUGGGUUAGGAUGUCGGCCAUUUUGAUUCUUUUUUGUUUUUUCUUUUCUUGGUAUUGUAUGGUGGUGGUUUGGUGAGGGGGAAGGGAUUAAUUCAAGUAGGUAAGAGGGAGAGGUGGAGUUAGAGAUGGUGGAAGAGUAUGUAUGUAUGGGAAGAGUAGAGGAGAGCUCGCUCAAGGCGGAGUAGAGGAUCAGAUGCAAAUCGCGAUAAGAUUAGAGAGGAUUGUCUGUCGGCCUUUUUCCUCCGCUCCGCUCGCCCUCCCUCCCUCACACACCACUUUUUUCCCCCGAUCGCCACGCAACCCAAGCUCCCUCUUUAUCCACCGCGUUACCACUACCGAUCACAACUUAAAUCCGCUCUUCCGCAUUCAGUUACCCAAUACCGACGCACACGAACCAACUAUGCACCCGACCCCCGCACCACCCGCAAAAUGACCUCCUCGCUCUCCUUCUUCACGCGGCGGGUGUACCAGCUGCCCGUGCCCCCGAUCUCGAAACACAAGCACUACAACCGCGCGAGCUUCAUCGACUUCGCGCGGCGGCACGAGCUCUCGCGGACGUCGACGCUCUUCAUCGGCAACCUGUACGAGUAUACGGUGCAAACGGAGCUGCGGCACGCGGCGGCGCUGCUGCUGCACCGCACCGGCGGCCGCAGCGACAACGGCAUCGAUCACCUGGGCACGUGGCAUCUGCCGGGCCACGAGCAGCCGAUCCACGUCGCGGUGCAGUGCAAGGCGCACCGGCGGCGCGUGGGGCCGCAGUGCAUCCGCGAGCUGGAGGGGGUGGUCGCGCGGCGGGUGCCGCACACCUGGCGGCUGCAGCAGCAGCAGCACCAGCACCAGCACCAGCAGCAGGGAGCGGGGCAGGCGGGCCCGCGCGUCGGGAUGCUGGUCAACCGGCGCGAGGCGUCGGCCGGGGUGCGCGCGGCGCUGCAGCGGAGCGCGCUGCCGCUCGUGUACCUGAUGGUGGAUCUGCGGGGGGUGCUGCGGCAGGCGCUGUGGAAUGAGGCGGUCGAGGCGCUGGGCGUCGCGCCGCUGGGCGUCGAGGUCGUCCACGGGCCGGAGCGCCAGCUCGCCUCGGAGCUGGCCGAGCUGGAUGCCGAGGGCGGCCUGGCGCUGUGGGAGGAGGAGCUCCGCGACAAGCUGCCCGCUGAGCUGCGCGCGAAGCCCUACCCGCCGCCCAUCCGGUUGACCUGGGACCAGGCCCCGGGCCACGGCGGGGCGCUGCCGCUGCCGGGCAUGGAUCAGAUCGAGGCGCGCAUGCUGCAGCAGGAGGAGAAGUGGUGGGCGCUCUGGAACCUGGCGCCCGAUGAUCAGGAGACCCGCUACGAGGCGCUGUCGGUCAUCCAGAGCCGGUUCCCCGAGGAGAAACCGCUGCUCUGGGCGACAGGCGGCGUGCCGAGUUUGCUGUCGGAGCGGGAUCGCCAGGGUUUGCUGCGCGAGUUGAAGAUGAUGGGGCUGAGUGAGGGGGUGGUGGAGGAGGGUAAGUCGGAGGCAGAAGAGUCACAAUCGACGCUUAGUCCUACGUGAAUAGGAGGAUAUAUACCAGAAAGAAAGGUAGAUUCGAUUCAGCAGAGGCGGAGGGGGUAUAAUCAAUCAUGUAAGAUACAGUAAGAGACGCCGAGGAACCCAGCCCAACACCAACACCAA